GAUAAAGACGCCAUCUUGGCGCUCCUGUCAUUUUGACAUGUAAGGUUUGCCAGCCAAGAAUUUGCUUCCACUCCAUAUCCCAAAAUUUCCCAAAAUUGAAAAUAAAGACGAUGGCGGACAAUUUGCAAAAGCGACCUUCGAAGGGGAUACUGAAAAAUUCCAGUAGCUUCGACAAGCAGGACUCGCGAAACGCUAAUUUUCUUGCUCGCAGAAAAAGUAAGGAGACGAAAUGGGACGAGAUGAACAUAAUCGCUACGCUGCAUCCGGCCGACAAGGACUACGGUCACAUGAAGAUAGACGAACCGAAAACGCCGUACUAUCGGGACGAGGCCGAGAGCGAGGACGUGCUGGACGCGACCGAAUUGGCGGAGAAAAUUCGUCUGAGCACCGGGAAACCGCCGAAGGCGAUGGAAUCGGACGAUUCCGAGGACGACGAUGAAGAGCUGACGCCCGAGGAGCGGAUAAAGAAAAAAGAGUUCGAAAGUAAAAGGAAAAAGCACUACAACGAGUAUUACGCAGUUAAGUUAGCGAGAAAACUGUUGGAAGAGGAGGAGGACGAGGACGACGACGCUAACGUCGCCGAAUCCAAGAGCAGUCAGGGGAACCCAUCAAAUUCGUGAUUAAUGUUAACGUAACGUGGUCGUCGUCGUCGAGAAUAGGAUUUUCGUUGUAAAUUAUUUUUAUUGAGGUAGGCUGUUAAUUAAUUUUAAGUUCCUCUCAUGUAAGAAACGUUAUCAUUGUACAUAAUCGGCUGUGUGUGGUCUUCUUUAUCGUGUACGAAGUAAAUUACAGUUUUUAAAUGCCAUACUGUGAGUUGUUUUGACGGAGUUUAUGGUCUAAUAGCAGUUACGUAAUUAUUUAUUUGAAGAGAUUGUUAUUUAAUCGUAGAGGAAAUAAAUCUAAUAGAGCAGA